AUGACAAACAACCUUCAGCAACGUUUCCAGGGCGAUAAGAAGGUUGGCAUUGCUUAUGUCUAUUGCAAUUACAAACGACAGCCGGAGCAGACCAUCCACCAUUUUAUGGAAAGCCUGCUCAAAAAACUAGUUCAGCAACAGCCCAACCUGCCUGAACCAGUCAGCACUCUCUACUCCAGACAUAUGGAGAAACGGACAAGUCCAUCUGUAGCUGGAACAUCGACUGCUAUACGCUCCAUCGUCCAUGGUCUCGCUAGAGCGUUUAUUGUGAUGGACCCUCUUGACGAAUGCACUGACACGAACAAACCAAGAUCGAUUUUACUGGAAGAAAUCGCGAACCUCCAAGUUCAACCAAAUACACAUUUCUUUGCAACCUCGCGCUUCAUACCCGAUAUAAAAGCCAAGUUCAGAGGCAUGGCAAACUUAGAGAUACGGGCAACAGAUGCAGAUGUGCAAGCAUAUCUUGAGAAUAAGAUUUCAGAGACGCCAGUUUGUGUAUUCACGCAAUCGAGCGCUGGAAGAAGAAAUCCGGGCAGAAAUAGUAAAAUCAGCUGCUGGAAUGUUCCUUCUCGCAAAACUUCACCUAGCGGUCUUUCCGACAAGGUUACAGCGAAGGAUGUCAAUAUCGCGUUGCGGGAUCUGCCUAAGGGAUCAGGAGCAUUGGAAAUCACAUACACACAAGCUUUAGAGAGGAUCAAGGGCCAAAACCCAGGCUUUCGGCGGCUCGCUGAAGCAGUCUUAUCCUGGAUUGUUUGCGCCCCAAGACAAUUGACCAUCUAG